AUGUUAUGUCAUCAUAAAUCAUCGGAAUAUCUCUCCGGCGAUAUGCUGGACGAGAGCCAUCUGAAGUCGUUUGCGCCAUUUCGUUUCGUACAAAUGUUAUUGGGGUCGUGCAGAGUAGACGCUAGAUACAGAUUUGUAACUUCCCCAACAAAAGCACAAAAGACCUACUCAGUUAUCUGUUUAUUAACGGUAUUCUUUUUUUAUAUAAUAAUUCUUGCUAAUUAUUUUCCAAGAUACGUUUCGUUCCCUUAUAUAUACUAUAUUAAUUUUGUUUCACUGUUCGUUCAUUUCGCAACGUUCGCGUGUAACAUUAUUCACGUCCGUUUCAUAAACAAUGAUUCGAAUGUUAAAUUCUACAUUAAAAUGCAAGAAAUCGAUCGCAAACUGAAAAUAGAUAAAAACAAAAUAAUUAACGACAUCUUAUUCCAAAAUAACGUUUUAUCCGUCACCGUUACUACACUCAUAUCGCUCCUCCUCUUCACUUCUGCCAUAUCUGAAGAUGUCAUCGUGACGGUGAGCUUCGUGGGACCACUUGUCGCGCAGCUGACGACCACAUUCGAGUGGUUCAACUGCGCAAAUCUUCUAAUAUAUUUCUUCCUUCGCGUGCGUUACGUCAAUGCCGUCAUAACAAAUCAUUUGAAAGGCACAGCGGAUUUACAAGUUGAAAAAAAUACAAAUAAUAUAUUUCCUACGAGGAAAAAAAUGCGUCAUCUAGCAUCAGAGACGCAUGAUUUCAUGUUUAGCGAUACUGAUGUAUAUUUGAACGACAUCUUUGCGGAGUUGCUUAGAUUCCAAUCCCUUUACCGGUUCCAGAUUUUCUUAUUCUGCCUCAAAUUUUUUUGCAUUACUCUUUUGGGAUUCGAAUUUUUACUACUAGGAUUACAACACAACAUUAUAAGGCGCUUUGAAUUCAUAGUGUUACCUACAGUGACCGCAAUUGACUUAAUCAUAAUUGUUGUCAUAUGCGCACGCUGUGAAGUAUUUUACAGGGAAAUUAAAACCACGAAAUAUCUCUGCAUCACCGUUCUGUCUCGAAUCUACAGCGGCCCGCUGAGACGAAAAGCUAUUAAAAUGUUGAAGAUGAUCAAAGAGCGACCGCCGCAAUUUUCAGUUUACGACAUGUGGCAGAUGGACGCGUCCACUAUGAUUAAAAUGAUUAAUUUGGUCACUACACUUAUGGUCACAUUGCUACAAUUUGCGCUUCUGUAAAUACACUAAAUGCACAAUCAUGUUCAUUACUCAAUAUUACAAUAGAAGCACUUGUUUGAUGAAGAAGAAAAUAAAAGAUAAUUAAAAUAAUAGUUUAUUAUUCUUAAAUUUCAUUUAGAUUAUCAUGAUAGGUUAUAGAGGCAG